GCGCGUAAGUUUGCCAACUGUCGCCUGAGUGUACCACUCGGUCGUUCGAUUGGAAUGGACUCGUCAGACGGCCGCUCUCGUGCGUCUGUGAGCAGUUGCAACGAUCAACUCAGUGUCAAUGGCAGUCCCCUGCGACGAGAUAGUAGCCGCGGAAAAUCGAAGCAGCAUGUAGUACAGGGACACAUAUUCUUGGUAAGUAUGUGCAUAUCUGCCUGGGGAUAUGGAUAUAUGUGA